CCGUGGCCGUGUCGACCGAGAAAAAUAAACGGCGCGGGGGCGCACGUGCUCCCGGUCCCGGUUUGGAACGAUUCUCGGCGCCGACUCCGUUGUCCGUUCCGUUCAUCGGAUCGGUCGGCGAAGCAGCGUUUCGGCGUCGGCCGUCCACCGUGCGUGACGCCAUGGCGACGCUUUUUCAGGAUGGGAACUGGGAAGGCACUGCCUGGGGAGAGGGGGCAGGGCAGUGGGGUUGCCGGCGGGCCGGAGGGACGGCGGGUGCCUGGCAUGGCUGAGCUGCCAUCUAGUUUUGCUGAGCAAAUCUUUACUACUCUAUAUGUUAGCAGUGUAGGCGUGCACACUGCCUUGUUCUGCCAUAGCGCGCUCGCCUCCCUCCCCGCGCCCGCAGUCCCCGCUGCCGAGCAGUCCUGCCGCGCCCCCUCCCCUGCAAACCCCACCACGACGCAGCAACAGAUCCACCAUCGACGUGCGCGCCGCGCGCCCCGACGCGGAACGCUGGAUCCCACGCAACAGGAGGCGGCCAACCAGUCGCCAUCGCCCCCGGCCCCCACCCCGCCUGCUGCAGCAAGCGGCGUCCGCUACCGCACGCCCUCGUCCCCGGACCUCCUCCUCCCUGCCGACGCCGCCAAGAUGCGCCGCUACUCCGCGCUGCCCAACGGCGGCCGCCAGGAGACGCUGGCCGACCGCGCGCACCGCUACCGGGGCAUCGUGCUCGUCAUCCUCGCCCCGCUCGCGCUCGUCUCUCUCGUCCUCCUCCUCAUGCCACGCUCACCCGCUGGCACCAUGGGCAGCGCCCGGGAUAGACAGCGAGAUCGAGCUCUUCGUCCAGGUACACACUCCCCCGCCCGGUGACCCGUUGCCGGACCUGGAGUCACGCUGCCUAGACUCGCCGCUGGGUGGAUUCGUCGAGGUGGAGGUCGGAUUGUGACCACGCCGUCCAGUUAGGACGUCGUCGUCUCCAGAUCCAGGGGAUGGGGUUGCUCGGCAUGGCGGCCAAGGGCCCCUCGCCCACGCGUCGCCUCCUGCCGCAGCCGCACUUGGCCGUCUCCUCGCUGGUGGCCUCCAUGGCUCUGAUCCACCCUUCCUCAACACCCAAAGAUGGUUGACGUCACCUUCGCCGUCUCCUCGCCAGUGGCCUCCACCAGCCCCGCAGUCCAAGACAAAGCCGCGACAUGAGUCAACCCAAGUCCGGUCGCACCUACACCGAUGACCGUACCCAACGUGAGUCAAGCCAAGUCCAUUCCCCUCCCUUGCUUCCUCAACUUGUUGUCUUGUGGUCUGAAGUUUGUCUCGGAGAAGGUGAUGCCAUCAUCAUCAGUUGUGAUUAUGAAUUAUAUUCUACCGAUAGGUAUUCAAUCUCUCUAUUCGGCAACACCUUAAAAAGAUUUACUUCAAAAUAUUGACAAGUGGAUUGCAGGCUUAGAUAAUUUUUGGAACACAACAUUGCUCCAAAAAAGUUUUUCUGAAGAAAAGGUAUCAAUCUGCAGUUUGGUAAGUGAGUCUGAAUCUGCAGCACCAAGGACUUCAAGAAUUAGUCUGAACCUGCACUUACAGUUCCAUGGGUCUUCUCAAUUCUUAAUAAUAUUAUAUUUUUAAUGAAUAAUUGAAUAUAUAUUGAGUCUGUGCCAUAGAUUCAGUCGCCUUAACACCCUUUGCUGUUUCCCACUUAAGUUAGUUAAUGAGAUGAAUGGAUGGAAAUUACGUAGUGAAUGUAUGAUAAGUCCAGGCUACAUGUUAAAAGACACACUUGGCUACUUGACCUCUGUAUUUCCAUGAAGAAAUCUUACUGACGGGUGCUUUCAUCUGCUAUUUGGAUCCGUUGCUGAUGGAUCUUACAAAGAAGUUGAGCUUUAAGAGGAACGUGGUGUCAUUGUCAUCAGAGCUCAAGGGUGUGAGGAGCAAGCUUGCUUCCUAGGAGCAGCUGUUUGUAAGGGAAUCUCAAACUGGAAAGCUUGCGGAGACAAAAACAAGGAGCAUGGAAGAGGAAGUAAUCAAGCUGCAUAAAUGCUUACAGGACAAGGAUGAACAACUGCAUUCAUUCACAAGUAGCACGGAACAGGAACCCAACUGAACCUUCAACUUGCUUGUUCUGGGAGAUCUGUGAGCAAGCGAGUGCUCCUCAUAAUGGGUAUUCGACAUGAGCCCCAUCCCUGCCACAGACUUGGGAAAGGCACAAUGAUUUUUAUGGUGACAUGAAUACAUUCCUCUUCAAAUUAUAUCUUUAAGCAUCCAUUUUUCGCCCUACUGGUGCAAACAAGAAUUUGCAAUGGGUAGGUUACUGGCUGCACUUGUUUUUGAAUACUUGGAGUGACCACAACUAAGUCACACAAUGAAACUUUACUUUCCAGAGUGUAACCUGGUAACCGGUGACCAUUCAUAAUAUUUCGUUUUUACAUUUUGGAUAUCAAUAUCCAUUAAUAUGUUUCCCUAUUUUGUUUGUAAAUCAGCCGGACUUCUGAUAGAAUGAACUGAAAGACUUCUCUAACAAAAGUGGAGCUGAGGGGAGCAAGAGUGCUGAAAGUGGUCCAAUGUUUUUAGAUGUUCUCGAAUGUUAUCUGAAAUAUGAGGUUUAUCUCUUGCUUGAUCAACAAUAGAAGCAAAAAAUCAUCCUUUUGUUUAUUUAUGUUUCCCAAUAUAAAGGAAAAGGGGAAAUAUUUUGGUGCAGUGUGCCCAAUUCUUUUGUCUCUAGAAAACUAUGUAGUCACCUAUAGCAGGCGCUAUAGUCAGUUUUAGCUAUUUUAGACACCACUACUAUUUGUACACACAUUUCUAUUAUCCUAUUUUAGCCUGCUAUAUUCAUGUAUGAGCCUUAUGGGAACUCUGCAACUACUAUGGAUCCUCUUAUACAUUGUGUUCGACAUGCAGACAAGGUAGUAUAUUGAGUUGGACCAAUAAUCCUUCAUAUUUAUUUAGCCUGCUGAUACCGCGGCAAUGUAUAGAUGUUUGUACCAUAGAAAUUAUCGUAAAAUGCACACAGUUGUAUGUAUAGAUGUUUAGAAGUGGCCGAAGUUAGGCUUGCUCAACCGGGGCAAUGAUUUACUUAGCCUGCUGAAAUGUACUAUAGGUAGCAUUCAAGUUUGUGACCAUCAUGCAAGUACAUGUGGUUUGUUGAAAUUGUGUGGUCAUCGGAGAUGUAGCAAAAUGUUCCCUAUCGAGAGCUCGUGUACUAUAUUUGUUUUAUGAACUUAAUUUUGUU